CCCGAAUGAGGCCACCAACGCAAUCUUGCAAUCCAGCCCUCGUAAGAAACCUUAAUCCACAACAGAAGCUUUCGAUUCGAUCCCACCGAGGAGGGAGGAGGAAGAAGAAGAAGACGGAAAUGGCGUCCGAGGAGGGAGUCGUGAUCGCGUGCCACACCAAGGCCGAGUUCGACGCCCAGAUGGCCAAGGCCAAGGAGGCCGGCAAGCUGGUGGUCAUUGACUUCACCGCCUCCUGGUGUGGUCCUUGCCGCGCCAUCGCUCCACUGUUUGUCGAGCACGCCAAGAAGUACACUCAAGCUGUCUUCCUGAAGGUGGACGUGGACGAACUGAAGGAAGUUACUGCAGAGUACAAGAUCGAGGCGAUGCCGACCUUCCACUUCAUCAAGAACGGCGAGACGGUGGAGACUAUCGUCGGUGCCAGGAAGGACGAGCUCCUGGCCCUGAUCCAGAAGCAUACCGCGUCCGCGUCCGCGUAAGAAGAUAGUCAGUCGUCGUCAAUAAGGGCCAGCGCAUCGCAUGGCUGUAAAUGAUGUCGUUAUCAGUUUGGUUUGUCAUUUGUGGGCGAUUGUGAACCAAUAGUAUGUUCCGAUCUGAAUACCUUAACCAUGGAUACUUGUUGUGAGUUGUGAUUUUGACUGGUAUUGGAAUUUGGAUGUCUGGCUUCAUUUUCUGUUGGAGUGCGACUCUUGAAUAAACCACAUUGGUGAUGGCAA